CAAAAAGUUUAUACAUUGUUCUUAACUAUAGUUACUAAUACUGUGCUCAUUUCUCCAUUCAAGUUCUGUCUACUGCUUUUUUAUUUAAAAAACGCAGAUUUUAUUUGUGAAAUUCAGCAUAGUUUCUAAUAAAUUAAAAAACGUAAUUAUGCAACGUAAAAUGAAGAACCCAGCCAAUGAUGAAAUCUCCCAUUCCGACGGUACAUUAGUCCGCAGCCUCACAACACGUGCUCAGCGUGAAAUCUUUCUGUUGGAACAAGCUCAAUCUGGAGUCCGCUGCAGCGUUUGGUUUUCUCAGCUUAUUUGUGGUCCAUUGGAUUUGGACGUUCUUGCGAAUGUUCUCAAACAACUUACUCUGAAAGUGCCUCUAUUGCAAACCCGUUUCGCUUUCUCAGAUGGAGAACUCUGGCAAAUUCACGAUCCCAGCAUUUGCCCAACUAUAAGAACUAUUGACGUUAGUUCUAGUUCCGUGCCUUUCGAAGAGGCAUUGAAAAGAAUGCGGGAAUCCGCUGAAAAUCGUCUCAGCCUUACAACUGGCGAUAAAUUAUAUGAGUUCACGUUCUAUAUCGUGGACAAUAAUACGCAUAUAGUUCAUUUCUUGCUUCAUCACAGCAUUAUUGAUGGAAGAUCUAGUGCUAAAUUAGUAUCCAUGAUCACAGCUGCAUAUAAUGAUUUGAUACAAGGAAAACCAAUCAUUGUGCGUCCAGAGUUGCAUUUUGGAGCUAUUGCUGGUACAGAUGCAAAGUAUCAAUCAUCACCCGAGCAUCAACAAGAUGAAAAAUUCUGGAAAACAUAUGUUCAAUCAUUGUGCCGCCAUGCUUACACGCAACGAAACAUCAAUCCUUUCGGGAACAAAACAACCAAUCGUUGCACGCAUACACUACGUGCUAGUGAACGCCAAAAGCUAAAGCAGACAGCUGCAUCGAUGAAUGUUGUAGAAUCCAUUCUUUAUAUUGGCGUUUCGGCGUUACUAUUUCGCAGUCACUUAGACAAUGAAUGUGUCAGCCUCAGUUUACCGGUCAGCGGUACUCAUAUGAUUCAAGAGCUAGGUAUGACAGCCAAUCUCCUACCAUUAUUAUUGCGUAUUCCUGAGCAUGCUACGUUUAAAGAUGUCCUAAAUCAUGUAAAUCAAGAAACUAAAUCAAUUCUUCUACAUCAACGCUACAGAGUCACUGAAAUUCGGCGACACGCAAACUAUAGCACAAACAUCAGUUUUGGUCCUUCCGUCAAUAUAAUGCUCUUAAAUCAAGAAGAGACAUUGGAAAAUUGUAUCUGUUCCAAUCAUUCAGGCGCCAAUAUUGAUACCAAUGAAUUUCAAAUAACAUUUUGUACAGAUCAUUCAAACGGUCACCUUGACAUUUUCUUUGAUGAUAUUGAAGAAGGGCAUUCAAAAGAACAAUUAAUUGCAUUGAAAGAUCGUUUAAUCUUUAUAUUAGAUCUUAUUGUAAACUCACCGAAUAGUACAGUUAGUGCACUUGAUGCUCUCGACGGGUAUCACACCAUCACAAGUGUAGAGGAGAUUGAAAGCUUUUAUGCAAAUCGACGUACGCCCGUUGCAGCUGGAUUUUUGCAAUGGGGUCGUUGUGUCGAUUCUCUAGUGCGCCUUGUACAUUCUAAUAUAUGGGUUGGAAGUGGUCCCAGUCCCUUUGCCACCUCAAAAAUUCUUCUGACCGAUCGUGUAGUUAACAUCAGUAAACUGAAGCGCGGAACCAUUUAUAGACCAUCAGAAGCACCAGGGACAUUGUUGGUGAUUGGAAAAACUACUUGGCACAUCGCUGUUUCAGACGGAGUGGUUGAAAUAAGUGAAUUCAUCGAUGAGGAUGGCCAGCCCAUCUCGGCUCCAACACUUGCAAAACAAUGCCAUCUCCUAGAAGGCGACAAGCUUCCAAUAAUCACGGCAGAACAAGCCGAGUGGUUAAGCGUGUCACGUGCACGGUCAAUGCAUUCUGAGUCGUACUGGAAUCGGUGUCUUGCCAACUUUGAGCCAUGUACUCUUUCAAUAAUACAAAAUUGCUCCACUCAUCCACCAAUGUGGGUCGCAACCAAUUUUCGAAGUCUAUCAUCGGGGUACAGUGCAACUGAGCUACUUGUUGCAUGGCUUGUUUAUAUUGCCCGAGACAGGCAAAUGUCACAACUACAAAUCGGAUGGGAUGCCACAGAAUCAAUCAAUCGAUAUGCAGACGACAAUCAGUUAGCAACAUACAUAUUUGCUAAGACUGUACCAUUUUCCGUGUCCAUCCAUUUGUGUGACACUUUUCCAGCGGUUAUGGCCAGUGUGAAUAAGAAUUUAAAGCAAUUAAUCAAUAAUUUACCAUGCUUGUCCGAUUUACAUGUCAGACACACCAUAUGUUCUUCAAACAAUUUACGCAGCAAAAAACCCUGGGCCCUGGCUAUCUCGCUUAUCAACACCCAGAACCUACUUUCAUUGGAAAAUACAGAUGCUCACGGCAGUUUUCUAACACUUCAAAUUAACAAAUAUAACGGUACCUUCCGUUGGAUAUACGACACCAAUCAGAUAUCAGAUGAAGAGGUCAACCGCAUUUCGUCGCGUAUGUUAGUUUUACUUACAUCUGCUCAUAGCACAGACCAAGCACAAAUGCCAGUCGGUGAACUGGAUUUGCUACCCAAAACUGAGCUCGAACUGUUACUCAAUGUUGGUAAUCAAACAGACACAAAUUAUCCAGCUAAAAACGGCAUACAUCUCAGCCGCGCAACAGUGGCCAACUCUAAACGUCUUUGCUGUCAUGAGAUAUUUGAAGCACAAGUGGAGCAAAACGAACAUGCGAUUGCCGUUGAAUGUGAAGAAGAAACAUUGAGCUAUACAGAACUUAACGCCCGGGCAAAUCGUCUGGCACAUUACUUGAUUACAAAAGGCGUCAAGCCUGAUGAUCUGAUCGCAGUUUGUGUUAAGCGUAGCACGAAAAUGCUCGUCGCCAUAUUAGGCAUUCUAAAGUCCGGUGGAGCUUAUGUACCGCUUGACCCGGUGUACUCUAGCCAACGGCUAAUAAAUAUUCUGGAAGAUGCUGAUCCAUUGUAUGUACUAGUGGAUGCUACGGGUCAGAAAGCACUUGGGCAUCAUCAAGUAACAGUAGUGGACUUAGAUCAAUCGUUGCCUGGCGGCCUUUCACCAAUCAAUCCUGACUCAAAAAAACUGGGCCUAACUCCGGCUCACCUGGCCUAUGUGAUUUACACGUCUGGCUCCACUGGAAAACCGAAAGGAGUGAUGAUCGAACAUCAACAAGUGACCCGUCUUUUUGAAGUGACACGCGAUAAAUUCGCAUUCAAUAAACAGGACAAAUGGUGUUUAUUCCAUUCAUUCUCGUUUGAUGUUUCCGUUUGGGAGAUAUGGGGAGCAUUAAGUAAUGGAAGUCAAUUGGCGAUUGUGCCCCACGAAACUGGCCGUUGUGCCGAUGAAUUUUAUAAAUGGGUCUGUAAUCAUGGCAUAACCGUUCUGAAUCAAACUCCAUCCGCCUUUAAAAUGUUUAUGCAGGCGAAAAAUAUCAGUUCACUUUCUGAUCGACUGCGCUAUGUGAUCUUUGCCGGUGAGGAGUUUGACCAAUCGAUCGCAAAAAAUUGGCACAAAAAGUACUAUAAUGCUCAAACAGAGCUCGUCAAUAUGUAUGGUACUACGGAAACAACAGUGCAUGCCACCUACCAACUUCUGAAAGCUUCAGAAUACAUUCAUUCAAUUGGACGACCAAUUGCGGAUCUUUGCGCUUAUUUGCUGGAUACUCACGGCGAACCGGUGCCAUUUGGAGCCGAAGGCGAAUUAUAUAUUGGAGGUGCUGGAUUGGCUCGAGGAUACUUGAAUAGACCUGAACUUACUGCUGAACGUUUUGUGCCCAAUCCAUUCAGUGAGAAUACGUUAGCACGCAUGUACCGCACUGGUGAUUGGGUACGCUAUUUACCUGAUGGUAAUCUCGUAUAUCUGGGACGUAUUGAUCAACAGGUUAAAAUUCGUGGUUUCCGAAUUGAACUCGGUGAAAUUGAAACCCAUCUAAUGGAACAUAAUUUGGUUCGCGAUGCUGUUGUAUUGUCAUGGAAAAACAAGAGUAAUACUGAUGCUCAACUAGUUGCUUAUGUCGUGGCUGAUCCAGAUGCAUCACUCGUUCAACAUUUACGCCGUUAUCUAUCAGCUUUGUUGCCUGAUUAUAUGGUGCCAGCAGCGUAUGUGUGUGUGUCCUCCUUGCCGCUCACACCCAAUGGCAAAUUGGAUCGAUGUGCUUUGCCGCCCCCCAAUGAUGAUGCCUUCGUUCGUCAAGCAUAUGAAGCCCCACAAGGUGAAAUUGAGGCUAGAUUCGCUUCUAUUUGGUCUGAUCUUUUGGGCAUUGAUCGCAUCAGUCGGCAUGAUAAUUUCUUUGAGCUGGGUGGCCACUCACUGCUGGCAAUACAAUUUGCCAACCAAGCUAGUAAGGUCUAUAAUAUGUGUGUUGAAGCUCGUGGUCUGUUUUCCUUUCCCAUUCUAAAAGAUUUAGCAGAAAAAACAACAUCCUGCGGCUCUCAGAGACUAUAUAGUGAUUCUGCUAUUCCAGUUCGUCGCUUUGGCUGUCGACCACCUAUAUUCCUAUUACCUGACGGCACCGGGGAUACCUCAUAUGCAUUUGAAUUGGCGCCUGAAAUUGAUAAAAGUUUCCCUGUUUUUGUGUUACCUUGGCCAUCGCCAGAAAAAGAACAGCCAUCGUGCGUUCAAGAAAUGGCCAGUACAAUGAUCCCUCUGAUAAAGAAAAUACAACCCAAUGGCCCGUGCGCAAUUGCCGGCUACUCUGCUGGUGGUAUUCUAGCUUAUGAAGUAGCAAAUCAACUCAUAAAUAGUGGUUAUUCUGUUUCGUUUUUGGGUUUGAUUGACACAUAUCCACCCACCGAAGUGAAUGUAUUUAACGAUCUCGAAUGCUUUUUAUUUAUUUUAGCAUCAAAAUAUCCGUCUAUGAGAGCAUUAGAUGAUGCAGUGUGGUGGGAACGUGUCAAAAAAUUAACUUUCAAUGAAGCAAUUGAAGAGAUCGAAAGACGUUGUGACGAUUUUAAAAUUCCCGAUAUCGAAUGGGAAGUAAUAUUAUCCAAACAACGAACACAUUAUCAAAAUAUAUGCACUGAAUAUGAGUUCAAUUCAUUGCCAAUUACAAUCAACCUAUUCAAAGGAACGGAAUAUAUUGAUUUGGCCAUUUUCAGUGAUAAUAAGUACUUGGACGAUCUUCUUCGAAAAUUCGUAAAUAAUUCAAAAGAAUUUUAUAAUCAUGCAAAUCUUGAUUGGAAAAAUUAUCAUCUUCCAAGCUUGUGCAUCAUUCCCAUAGAAGGUGACCAUAGAACGAUUUUGUCAGACCGGAAGAGUCGGGCUUCUUUGGGAAGAAAAAUAACGCAAGCGUUUCUUAGUCAAGAAAGUAUUAAAACCACAUAAAGCAUGAAUCAUCAAACACAAAUCUCAGUUGCAUCAUCAACUGCUACUAUUAUUCAAUAU